AUGGGGAUGCUGGAGUGUGACGCUACUGGUACCGAUCCUACAUCGCGCGACCACAUGCUGUGGCUUUGGAUUGGGAUAGAACCCCGCGACGGCCGCCCCGACUGUAAAAGUAGCGAUGACACAGAGAGGGCGAGGUGCAACCAGCAGAACUGCUGUGUCGAAAAGAAAACGUGCUGGAAGUCGACCGGCUGGCGUGCUAAUCCUGCAGUGCAGUUCGACAUCGCAUCAUGUUCAUCUAUUUCGCUUCAAGCAGGUCUGAGACACUCCGAGGACACCAAUGGCGCACAAGAUGCCGUGUGCUUAACGCAGUACGACGGACCUGGUGCAAUUUUUGGGUGGUGCGAGCCAGAUCUCUGUUGCACACGGGACCUGUGCAGCAACAAACCCGACGACGACACGGCUGAUGCCGAUAUGGUGAUGACCGAGCCGGAUCACCCCGAUUCUCCCAUCGAUUGCACUUUGAUAUGGUGGCGACACCCUGGGGCCUCUUCACUGACUUCAAUUUCGUAGGGUUUCAUUUGCUUGCAUCAAAAAUAAACAAAAAUCGAUUGCAAAUAGAAGUAUGUAACUAUUACUAUUUAUUAUUAUACUAUAAUUAUGAAUAUGAACUGAGUCUACUUCUACUGGAGGCUUAUCUACUAGUACUUCUCUCCAGGUGGUCAUGACUCAGUGCUGGAGCGGUUCCGCGUGGCCGAGAAGGCUCGCCAUGGCUCUUACGCGUUCAAAAAUAAUCCACCUCUGUUGCAAUUUAUUUGUUUGAAAGCUUCCCACGUGGGGUUGUCAUAGCUAUUUAAGUGCAACCAGGAUCUUUGUGCGUACGGCGCAGCAGGCACAGGCACAACGAAGGCCACCUCGGCUACCAAAUGCGACGCCUUCUGUAGCAGCGUCAAAGACGCGAGGAGCGGCAGACGAAUUUUUGCGGACUUGGAGGGGUCUUCAAUCGAGUGCAAGGACUACGCGGAUAAACCUAAACGGGGUUGGUGCAGUGUGGAGGACUGCGGGUGCAAAUGCAGCACGGAGAACGGAUACUCUCUCGGGUCCACCCACGACAACUUUCCCGCUGGCCCUGCGUUCCUUCUCUCGGACUGCAGACGAGGAACACCAAUACGGGAUGAUGAACCCUCGACGUUUUGCAGCCUCCCGGCACCUAUCGAAGGUAGAUAUGUCCGGGUCUGGGAGAUCACGAAAAAUUGUCACGCUGAUAUGGCAUGAUCCUUAACUCUGUAUUGCGUGGCCACGGACAGCCUCUCUCGCCUGUCAUGCAAAAACGCAGUUUCUGUUUCUGAUGCGGGAUGCUCAACUCAGAAACACCAGCGCCGAAAAAAUUGUCAUGCUUGGCAGGCGCAGGAGCACAUCGUAGUGUGCUCACUAUUCCCUUCUUUGCAUCACAAGUUUCCUUUUCCAGACGGAGACAUAUUUGCACUGGAUAGCACCUCUCAUGGUUGAUGUGGCGAAGGAAGUCCAGUUGAAGCUGUGGCGCGGUUCAGUGCAGACACCAGGGACGUCGUGGGAUGAAGUCGAGUUGGCGGCACAAUCUCCUACAGAAAACGGGAACUGGGUUGCACAAGGUCUUAACGACGAGUGGGCUGCUGAGGAAAGGCGACGCACAGCAAUGGCGCCCCUGACCGACGAGACGAGCGCUGGUUUUGAAGUUAAGCGUGGCUACACGCUUGCUUCUGAUGCGGUGUAUGACCUGCAAAGAGCGACAGUCGUGGAGACCAAAGAAGCAUACCGGUGCUAUUGCGAGGAAAAACCCCCCCUCCCCAUAUUGAACACGAAAUUUGUGAUGCUGUAUUUGUGUUGUACACAGGUGAUGACUUGCUGGAGAGCACUGCAGGCCCAUACCAAGUGUGAGUAGAGAGAUUUUGGCCUAGGCGCUUAGGAUGAAAAGCAUCCACACUGCUGCAGCAGGCCCAAAAGCAUGACAAAUCGCCUGCACAAUGCGGCGGCUGUCUGCGGAGUUGCCUUCUUGCAAGACAGACGCGAUCUGUGACCGCAAUGCAGCAUCACAAAUUUCCAAAAAUAUACCUUUGCAGUAUGGGGAGGCGGGGGGAUCUUUCGUAUUGAUAGGCGCCCCUGGUUCCAGAUCGACCUGGGGUCUACCAAACUCGUCACCAGUGUGCACCUCUUAUGGCGCUCUCACUCAAAUCGGUUACAUUCUCUAUCUCUGCUGUUACGAUGAAUUUGUCGUGAUGCAACACUAAGUACCUUAAGCCGCCAGAUGAUCGAGCUGCUUCGCAUGACAAAUUUCCGAACAAGAGGUAAACAUCGUCUAAAUCUGUGCCAAAGCUGUGAUGCGAAAGCAGCAAGCUUGGCCCUUUCACUUUUGCUGUUCUUGCAUCGCAAAUCCAUGUAACAGCUGAGAGUGUAUUAACGUUUGUGAACGCCAUACCUCUUCACCUCGGAUUGGGUGGGGCGCUUGGGGCCGUUGUUUUUCAACACGGGAACUGGAGACCCUUGGGACGCACAAGCGUACCCAAAGCUGGAGGAUGCUUCAGCGGAUGCUUCGAAUGGUCCAGUUGACGCGGGAUUUCGAGUUCUGCUAGUCGCAGCAAAAGCGUCGUCCAGGCACCACUCAGAGUGGAAUUUGGACGACGCGUGUCCAGACCCAGAACUCUCCGCCGACGUGACGGUCUGCGAGGACCAGAUCAUCAAAUAUGCCGGGGGUGCCGGACGGUAUCAGGAUAGAAAAAAACCCUUGUUCCCAUUUUUUUAUUCAAAUUGAAAUCUGUCAUGCGGGAUUUGUGAUGUAUGAAUAUAGAAGUACUUAAACCAUGACAAGCCAGCUCUGGCUUGCAAUUAUAGGGGCUGCAGAAAGAGCCUGAGCCUCGUUAGUAGGGAUGUUGCAAGACAGGGACGCUGACCUUCUUUGAAGACAGAGACGAUUAUUUGCGACCACGGAUCAGCGUUGCUGCAAAUCUUCAGCUGCAAUGAGCCUCUUCAGAAUGGGACGCGGAGGGAUUUUCCAUGACGAUACACCCAAUCGCUUCACGCCAGUACGCGACGACAAAAUUCCGGGGAUCAAAGUGCCCGAGUCUCUCGAUGGUAUGGAUUACAACCUGGUCGGCGCCAGGAUCAACUGCAACGGCCAGCUCGGGCGCUAUGUAGUAAUCGAGCUUCCGGGGGCGCAGACGAGCCAGCGACGAAAGUUCGGGCUGCACGAAGUGCAGGUGUACGCAAAAUUCGUGGGCGAGGCACAAACGUUCGCGAAACUAACGCCGGGCGCGGCGUCCGCUUCGAGCUACCACACGAACACGGAGUCUGCGAAUGCGGGUGAGAUUGCUACACACCAUAUCAUUUGUAAAAGCGUUCCCACCCCAGACUUGUCAUGCAGAAUGGCAUGCCUAAAAAAAAUGUCUCUCAUGCGCCGCAGGGCCCAUCCGUUCGGUCCUUAGUAGAUAGUCCCGCAACGGGGUUCGGCUAAAGUCGGCCACUUGUAUGCUAGGCGUUGGGUUACCCGGUCGGCAGAGCCGAUCCACUGAUGUCCAUGAUGCCGCAGCCCCAUGAGAGAUGACAUUUUCUAAUCGCUAUCUAGAAGUCCUCUGUGAUGCUAGAAUCUGGAUGAGGUACGUACUAGUCGAUUUGUGAUGCGUCUGCACUAGACUACGAGCCCAGAUUUCUCAUGCGAAACAGCCGAAGCUUGUGGAGUUGUGUUGCGAGAUCCCCAUCUUGACUCUGGGGCGGGGACGUUUUUACACCGGAUACGCCGUCAAGUGGCACAGAGACUGGUCGAUCGAUAUUACACCUCACUUGCGCAGACCCAGAGAGAAUUCGACGUUGACUCCAACGGUGCUCCUGUUCCUGCACUACUAUACGGUAAUAAUAAGCACAGCGUGGCGCAACGGUGCCCCUGGAUGCAGAUCGACCUGGGGUCGUCGCUAUGCAAUGCAAAAGUAUCGUGCUAGUAUGAAUUGCGUUACAAAUUAGCCCAGCAUGAUUACAGAUUUACUUUAUCUUGAGAAAUAAGACAUUUGUAAUGCAUAAAUGCAACGACUACGAGUGCGAUACAUUUGCCCAGGAUAGUUGCAGACCGUUCGCAACGUGCAGCUGUUUUCCUCCUCGUGGCAGCAACGGCUGGUGUUCCUGUUUUUCAAAACCGCAAAAGACGGCGACGGGACGUUUAGCGGGGCCAUCGCGAAUGGUCGGGUCGACUCCGGCUUUCGGGUGAUGGUGACGUCGAACUCACGGCAUACGCGCACGUCCGCGGCACCGAGCGCCCUGGCCGGCGACGCGUGCCCCCCGAUCCCGAACGACGAAUAUCCUGAUGACCACCUGUGCGAGACCGUGACGUACAAUGGGGGGGAAGGGUUCCGGAGGUUUACGGAGGUCCAGAACGAGGACGGCUCGCCGAUGAUCGUCAAGGACGGGCCAGUGGGAGCCCCGUCCACCGAUUACAGGGUGCUCAAGGCCGUCAUAAACUGCAACAACGCCGUCGGCCAGUACGUCGUCAUCGACUUGCCAUAUGGGAGUGCACAACUACUCCCCCUCCCCCUCAUGUGUGAUGUAAAUCACCCAAUCCACGCCAGCAGGGCCAGGUCUUGAAGCACUGUUUGUGUUUGCAUGGCAAGUUUAUAAAGAAAUGGGACGCCCUGCCCUUAGUCUUCCAACAUGACAAGUUCUGGCCGCUCAAAUACCAUUUUGAUUUUUACGCUCCUGUGCAGAUUUGUCCUGCGAAGCCUGCGCUAUUGCUGACGGCUGUAUCUUCGCUGUUCAUGGCAUACAAAUGACGAAGAGGGGGCGUUGUGCACUCUCAUACGCCAGGCGUGAAUGACGAUGACGUCGACGGCACUCCGGAUCUGGAGACCCGGCGGAGACUUGGUCUCCUGGAAGUCAAGGUCGGGGUGCAGGCGGAGCUC